CACUCAUUCCCUCAAUCAUAACGCAUCACUCAUCACCAUCCACCUCUUGCUUUCCCCACUCUCUGCCUCUCUGUCUCUCACCCACACGCGCACAAAUUACACAGUUCCACAUUAUUCAGAUAUGCAAUCCACACAAGUUUUCAACUUUCCCAUAAUCCAUCUUUUCUUCAUCAAUCUCAAGCCACUAGGCCCAACCCCACUUCACAUCACUCUUCACUAGUCCCAUCCCAUCCUCUUCCUUCAGAUUUUUUCGAGGAAUUCUCACCCGUGAUCUACUUAUAAAUCUAGUUCUACUGAAUAGAAGCUCACAGAGAUUAUUCAGUCCCAAAUAAAAAAGAGAGAAAAAGACUUGAGAGAGAAAAAAUGUCAAUGGAAAUGAUGGCAGCCGAACGUGUUUGUUAUGUUCACUGCAACUUCUGCAACACCAUUCUAGCGGUUAGUGUUCCAUGCAGCGGUUUACCGACCAUAGUGACGGUUAGAUGCGGACAUUGUGCCAAUUUGCUAUCAGUUAACGUGGGUGCUUCACUUCAAGCGUUUCCUCCUCAUCAGAGUCACCCUCAGCCACAGAAGCAGCAUCUGACUUUUGAAGAACCAAGCAACAAAGAUCUGGGAUCAUCUUCAAAAUGCAGCAAAUUAGGUCCAUUUGAGUCUGUAGAGAAUGAGCAACCUAGGAUUCCUCCCAUUCGGCUUAUGAUCAAUAUUGCAGCUCCUGAGAAGAGACAACGUGUUCCUUCUGCUUAUAAUCGGUUCAUUAAGGAGGAAAUCCAAAGGAUUAAGGCUAGCAAUCCUGACAUCAGCCACAGGGAGGCUUUUAGCACAGCAGCAAAAAAUUGGGCACAUUUCCCUCACAUUCACUUUGGAUUGAAGCUGGAUGGAAACAAGCAAGCCAAGCUGGACCUUGGGGAGGGAACUCAAAAGUCUAAUGGGUUCUACUGAGAUAUAAAUAGAAGGCUGUGAGUCUCUGCUAGUUUUCUCUAUGCUUGACCUAAAUCUGUGUAAAAGGAAAAAGUGAGGUUGAUCAAAUUUCUCAUUCAUCAUACACAAUUGGAUAUGGAGGAGAGAGACUAUUCUGAAAACCUCAGCCUCACAUGUUAACUGUAAUAAUUAUAACAGAUUUAGAUAAUCAUGUAUUGCCCUUUUCUAGUGGUUGUUAUUGUGAAAUGAAUAUGAUUGUUGUUUC